CGCUAGUGUCGUCUCAAUUGCCGCCGAGUAAGGACGUUUCUAGUACUGCAAAUUAUCCUUCAAAACUCUUUACGUGUGAUACGUAUCGAUGUUAUUGAACAUUAUAAUGUCGUAUUAGGAAGUUGUGAAGUGUUUAACCAGUGAAAAAGUGUUUAAUUGUGUUGAACUAAUCUGUGAACGUAAUUGUUUUGUCGAGAUUUUCGUUUAAAAAUCACGAUAAAAACAUUUAACGGAACUUGCCUGUCGGAUUUACGACAUUUCUAUUGGUUAAUAGGCGAGUAGAUUUUCUAUGGUGUUUAAAUAUACAUGGAAAUCUUUAACGGUAUCAUUGCUUCAAAAUUAGUUGCAUUCCGUUAAUUUGAACGAGACGUCGUCGGCGGAUUUGGUACCGGUUGUGUUUAUAGUCGCUAUGCAGUAUUGACACGGCGUGAUGAUGAGGCUCGAGGCGACAGAGAAACAGCACCGCUACCACAACCUGUUGGACGACGAUCAUGCCAAUGAAAUGCUAGAAAGCGAGGGCGCGGGCCUUGCGGCGCGAGUGGCAGAACUCGAAGUGAGAUGCUCUAGACAAGCUGAGGAGCUCCUCUGCCUUAGAUCGACCUUAGCGGAUGCACUCCGAAGACUCAACGCGCUUGAAGGUCGAGCUCCAACUACAUCUAAUGUCCAAAGAAAUGGCGGAGGAACUUACACAGAGCGCACAACGGGGACACCGACCCGCGAGCUGAGAAUAAGACAGCCUUCCUACAGAGAGAGCGUCAAACGAACCUCCAGCUACGGUUCCAGCGCUUCAUCUCUUUCACAAAGACGUGGUCCUCAACAUCAAUCGACGGGCUCACUCCAAUCAGAUUCACCAGCGUCAUCUUCCUCCCUCUCCCCGGCACCAUCGCCCUCCCCCCGUGCGACACCAGCGCCGCUCACUCCACACCCAGUGCAACCGUACAGAUCGCGAAAUAAUUCAACCUCCGGCAACCAGAGUCCUUCGCCGGCUACCAACAACCUCACCAAACGGUGGAAUUCAACGGGAGAUUUCAACGCACAGGGCCUUUUGCCCAGUACGAGGUUUACAACGACCAAAUCGUUGCUAAAUUUAUAUUCUAAGCCGUCGCAAAAUGGGCCUAUAUUGAAACAUGGCACACACACAUGUCAGUACAAUGAAGAAGAUGGCACCGUGAGGAUGUUCAUCAGGGGUCGGCCGGUGAUUCUAUACGCACCGAGCGACCAUGAGAACUUGGACCUGUCGAAGGUGGCGCCACCCCCACAGAACAAGCUCAAGUUGGAAUGGGUGUAUGGAUAUAGAGGGAAGGACUGCCGCAGCAAUCUUUACCUACUGCCAACGGGGGAGAUAGUUUACUUCGUGGCAGCGGUAGUGGUACUGUUCAACGUGGACGAGCAAUGUCAGAGGCACUACACCGGUCACACUGACGACGUCAAGUGCCUCGCUGUCCAUCCCAACAAGCUAAUCAUCGCCACCGGACAGUGCGCUGGCCAUGAUCGACUCGAUGCUAGGCCGCACGUGCGCGUGUGGAACUCGGUGUCGCUGGCCACGCUGGCCGUGGUGGGCGCGGGGUCGCUGGAGCGCGCCGUGGCGUGCGUCACGUUCUCGCGCGCGGACGGCGGCGCGCUGCUGGCCGCCGUGGACGACGGGCCCGACCACACCAUCUCCGUGUGGGAGUGGCAGCGCCCCGACCGCGGACACUGCCUGGCCGAGACCAAGUGCUCAGUGGAUACGGUUGUGGCGGCGGAAUUCCAUCCGCUCGACCGAAACCAAAUCGUCACCUGCGGGAAAGGCCACAUCGCCUUCUGGACGCUCGACGCUUCCAACGUUCUUUACAAGAGAAUGGGUAUCUUCGAGACUCGUGACAAGCCGAAGUACGUCACGUGUCUUGGGUUCAAUCACAAUGGUGACGUAAUCUCCGGCGACUCGAACGGCAACCUCAUCGUGUGGGGGCGCGGCACCAACACGGCGGCCAAGCUGGUGCGCGGCGUGCACGAGGGCGCCGUGUUCUCGCUGUGCGCGCUCAAGGACGGCGGGCUGGUGUCGGGGGGCGGCAAGGACGGCCGCCUCGUGCUGUUCGACGCCGACCUCAACGCCACGGGCACCGAGAACGUGAUCGAAGGCCACUACGGCGGAGUGCGCGUGGUAUCGGAGGGUCGCGGCCGGCAGCUGUUCGUGGGCACCACGCGCAACUGCAUCCUGCACGGAGACCUGCAGCUUGGCUUCGUGCCCGCCGUGCUAGGACACGUGGACGAGGUGUGGGGGCUGGCGACGCACCCCACUCUGCCGCAGUUCGUGUCGGCGGGCUGGGACCGCCUGCUGCAGCUGUGGGACGCGCUCAGCCACUCCACCAUCUGGAGCAAGGACAUCGAGGAGCGCGCACAGUGCUGUGCGUGGUCGCGCGACGGCGGGGCGCUGGCGGUGGGCUGCGUGUCGGGGCGCUGGCUGGUCUACCAUCCGCAGACCAGAGAACUGCUGGCCCAGCACCAGGACGGUACGGAACCAAUUCAAACCAUCCAGUACUCGCCCAACAACCAGCUGGUGGCGAUCGGCUCGCGAGACAACUUCAUAUACGUGUACCAGGUGGACGACGACGGGGCCAGGUACUCCAGGCUCGGGAAGUGCCUCGGUCACUCGAGUUUCAUCACUCACUUGGAUUGGUCAGAAGACAGCCAAUACAUCAGGAGCAAUUCGGGAGAUUAUGAAGUAUUGUUUUGGAACGCGGCGACGUGUCGGCAGGUCCCGUCGGGCGCGGCGCUGCGGGACGCGGCGUGGGCGACGGCGCACUGCCCGCUCGCCUACCGCUGCGUGGGCGUGUGGCCCGAGGGCGCCGACGGCACCGACAUCAACUCCUGCACCAGAACACGGGACGGUCGACUCGCGGCCACGGGGGACGACUUCGGCAAAGUUAAAUUAUACGCCUACCCGGUCACGCAGCCCAAGUCGCUGUGCGCGUCGUACGGCGGGCACUCGUCGCACGUGACGUGCGUGCGCUUCCUGCCGGACGACUCGCGCCUGCUGUCGGCCGGCGGACACGACGCCGCUCUGCUGCAGUGGCUCGUCGACUAGCUGACCCCCCGCCCCCCCUACAACACCUUCACACCCCCUCACCUCUGCGGCUCGUUCCUGUCGCGUUAGGUACAUUUAGUGGCUAGAAACGGAUUGACAGGUUACAAUAUCAUUGCAGUCUAUAUCUUGGCUUUAACCUAUAAUUGUACACUCUUCGACUAGUUCUGUGUUAUGAGUAGAGGAGCUUCUCGGCGCGAUCGAUUGUGAUUUUUUAAAGAGCUUAAUUCUUAAAUUGCACAUAUUUGUAACAUUGCUAUGACAUACAAUGUCUACACGUAUAUUUUAAUAUGAAAAUAGGCGGCUGAAUGAAUCUGUUUUAUUAUCGUAUUUAGUGCUUUAUAUAAGAUGUAUUAAAUGUAAUUUCUUAUAUUAUUUUAAAUAUAUCAUAACCUAGUAAGUUUGUACAAGGCAAUGUGUACAAAGUAAAUUUUAGUUCGGUACAAAUAUUUUUAAUACUUUGGUCAGUAUAACUUUAAUUUUAUGAUGUUAUUAAAAAAGAAAAGAAAAAUACAUCUUAAGGGCUAAGUGCGCAUAAUCGAAUCUUAUAAUAUUGAGAAAUAAUAUCGUUAAAGUAUGAAAUUUAAAAUAAGAAAGAAAUUAUUUGGUGCUUACCCGUAUAAAUAAUGUGUCUUAAAAUAUUUGUCAUUUUGUUGAAUAUAAAUAAAUAAAUAUAUUCUUUUUAUAUAUUUAAUAGCAAGAUUAUUAGCAUGUUUUGUUUGGAUUGUGCGGUUGUGAUGGAAAGGGCUGAAUGUGUCUAAUAUAUUAAUAUGCAAUCCGUCGAAUUAUCCGCUUAAGCAUAUUUUUUAAGCAUUAUUUAUAAAACACAAAUAAUAUUUUUAGUAUUUUUUUACACUUAUAACACUGAAUAAAAGUUAGCUUUUUAAGCAUAUUUUUUUAUCUAUAAGUAUAAUGUAUGUGGCACUUUUUAAUCUGUAUUAUUUAAUUAUGUCGCGUUGUUCAAUAUUGCGUAAUAGAUUCUUAUUUUAAGUUCAUUUCAUUUGAUUUAUGUCAAACAUUUCAUAUUUAGACCAUAGGUAAAAAAUAUCGCCUAUUAUUGAAUAUUGUAUUGACAAUAUAUAAAUCGUCUUAUACAAUAUUUCUCAUAAAUCAAGCAUUUUAUUUUUAAGUUAAUGAGAUGGCAACAUUCCUUAAUUUAAGUUUAACUAUAACCUAGUCACGGAGUUCAUUUUCAUUGUGGUUUUCAUCGUAGUUAAGCACUAAUAAUAAUGAUGUAGUUGAUUGUUGUAUAUAAUAUAAUGUUCGGCGGCCUCGUCCGCCUCUUGAAUGUGCCUCUAAUAAAAACAAUGUUUACUGAA